AUGAGUUGCUCAAUAAUCUGGACGAAAAAUCGAUCAAUGUCUGCAGGCGAACGAACAUUGAAGCUGGCAUUUGCUAUUCCAGUACUGAUAGUCUUCGUAGUUGGAUUAGCGAUUGGAUGGACAAUAACAUCAUUAAACAAAGAUCAAUACUCGAAAGACCGGACCAACUACAUAGAAAAACUUAACGCAAUAAUUGAAGACCAAAAACUGAUGAUCGCCAACCAAAAGAAUGAAUCCCAAAUUAUGGAAAAAUUUGAGGCUUUUUCGAAAAAACUGAACUCAAUCGUCUCUGGUUAUACUCUAGGAAAAUGGAUUGCCGACGACGAUGUGAUAUUCUGGUUUGUGAAACUUCGUACAUUAGGUAUGACAUUCACGGGUGCGGAGGAUUUCUGUAUACAACACGGAUCGACUCUUCCCAUUAUGAGGAAUGAGGAAGAAUUUGACGCAAUCAACAAAAUGAUACGCAACGGGCUUCCCCAGUACAGGAGGGUAUCGUUCUGGACCGGCCUCACAUAUGAUAUCACGACAAAUACAAUUGUACAAGAUGGUUCAUUCACUCAAUGGGAAAACGGAUAUCCGUCGAAAUACCCCUUGAGUAAAAAUGUGUUCAUCAACGUAGCCAAAGAUCCAAACGAAAGUUACCAAGGAAUGAGGAACUGGCAUUUUUCGAUCCCGCUAAAUGUUGUACUUUGUCAGAUAUGAAAGUCAAAAACCAUGCAUACAUAUUAUCAAUGAAAUUAAACAGUCGAUGCCUAAAACUGCCUUGCUGUACAUAUUUUGGCAUUUAUUAAACAUUCGCUUUAUUAACUUUAACUGCUUUUCAUUGGAUCAAUAUUAACCAUGGACUGCUCGUUGAUUAGUUGAAACGUAUUUUUACAAAACAUUGAAUAUAUUCCGAACUGAACGAUUUAUACAAAUUGAUUAAUUCAGAAUGGAGACC